AUGAGGAGGUCUUCGUUUUUCAUCGUCUCGUUAAUGGUAUGCUUGUUUCAAAUAAGCAAAUCAGGUGCUCAUGAUAAUGCUAAAAAUGGAUUUGAAAGCCAUCGUCGAUCCAUAAGUGUCACUAGUUUCGGAGCUGUUGGCGAUGGAAAGACCGAUGAUACUAAGGCUUUUCUUAAGGCAUGGGAAGGUGUAUGUAACGGAGGAAGUAAACGCAAUAAAAGGCUUCUAGUGCCUUUAGGAAAAACCUUCAUGAUUAAACCUCUUACAUUCGUCGGUCCAUGCAAGUCUUCCUCCAUCUCCUUCUUGAUAAAAGGCAAUCUUGUAGCGCCGGGUUACACUUGGUAUGCGGGAAGGUACCCAUCAUGGAUUAGUUUUGACAGUAUCAACGGUCUAGUUGUCACCGGAGGCGGCACCAUCGACGGUCGUGGUUCUGUGUGGUGGGGAAACGUUCAACAUCGUCCCACCGCAAUGCACUUCAACAACUGUAAUGGUCUUAGGAUGUCCAAUCUCCGACACUUGAACAGCCCUAGGAACCACGUAGGUCUAAGCUGUUCAGAGAACAUCAAGGUCUCAGGUCUGAAAAUGAAUGCACCUGGUGAUAGUCCCAACACAGAUGGUAUCGACAUAUCCAACUGUAGAGGAGUCGAGAUUCGUGACUCUGUGAUUGCCACUGGAGAUGACUGCAUCGCCAUUAAUAGCGGUUCCUCUUUUAUCAACAUAACCGGCAUUUUUUGCGGCCCCGGUCACGGCAUCAGCAUAGGAAGCCUUGGAGAAAAUGGAUAUUUUGCAACCGUUGAAGAAGUGAGAGUAAAAAACUGCACUUUGAGAAACACAACGAACGGUGUCCGAAUCAAGACAUACGAGAACGGAUCAGGAUAUGCUCGGAAAAUCUCAUUUGAGGAUAUCAACAUGAUCGCUUCAGAAAACCCUAUAAUCAUCGAACAGAAUUACCACGAUUGGGGCAAGAACGGAGAAGUAAGCUUUGAAGAUAGUAACUAUCAAAGUUGUCACUUCAAUCACUUGUACAAGACUCAGUCUAGUGGUAAUGGCAGAGGCGUGAAAGUGAGCAAUGUGCGUUACACUAGAAUCUUGGGGUCAUCUGCGAGCGAUAAAGCCAUCACAUUGAACUGCGAUGCGGACUUGGGAUGUGUGGACAUUGUCAUGGACCAUGUCAAUAUGGUUUCAGCUACAUCAGGUCGCGAGGUUUCUGCUUCCUGCAAGAAUGUUCGUGGGAUUUAUUUUAAUUCGAUGGUUAGUUGUCUGAAAAAGCAUUAG